AUGCACGUACUGUUCGAGACAGCCGGGGGUUUUGCCCUCUUUAAGGUUCUAGAUGAAGGGAAGUUGUCUAACGUUGAGGAUUUGGGUAAAGAGUUCUUAUCUCCAGAAUCUGCACGAAGGAUGGUUAGGCUAACAGCUUUUGAUAAGUUUGAUAACACAUCCGAAGCGCUCGAAGCAGUGGCUAAAUUGCUUGAUGGAUCUCCAAACAAAAGUCUUCGCAAAUUUUUGAAAGCUAACUGUCAAGGCGAAGUCUUAGCUGUGGCUGAUUCAAAGCUUGGAAACAUUAUCAAGGAGAAGCUGAAAAUUGAUUGUGUUCACAACAACGCUGUGAUGGAGCUUCUACGAGGUGUUAGAAGUCAGUUUACCGAACUCAUUACUGGUUUGGGUCAUCAAGACUUGGCACCUAUGAGCUUGGGUUUGUCUCACAGCCUCGCUAGAUACAAGCUGAAGUUCAGUUCUGACAAGGUGGAUACUAUGAUUAUCCAAGCAAUCGGCUUGCUUGAUGACCUUGACAAAGAAUUGAACACAUACGCGAUGAGGGUCAGAGAGUGGUACGGGUGGCAUUUUCCAGAGCUUGCUAAGAUCAUAUCAGACAAUAUCCACUAUGCCAAAUCUGUUAAAUUGAUGGGUGACCGGAUUAAUGCUGCAAAGCUAGACUUCUCUGAGAUCUUAGCGGAUGAGGUUGAGGCGGAAUUGAAGGAAGCCGCUGUGAUAUCUAUGGGAACAGAAGUCAAUGACAUGGACUUGAUGCACAUCCGUGAACUCUGUGACCAAGUUAUCUCGCUUGCUGAGUACAGAGCCCAGCUUUACGAUUACCUGAAGAGCAGAAUGAACACUGUUGCUCCAAACUUGACUGCUUUAGUUGGUGAGCUAGUUGGUGCUCGUCUAAUCUCUCAUGGGGGUAGCUUAUUGAACCUCGCCAAGCAACCUGGGAGCACGGUUCAGAUUCUGGGAGCUGAGAAAGCCCUCUUUAGGGCACUCAAGACUAAGCACGCCACACCCAAGUAUGGUUUGAUCUACCACGCAUCUGUGGUUGGUCAAGCAGCACCGAAGCACAAGGGAAAGAUCUCUCGGUCAUUAGCUGCUAAGUCAGCUCUAGCUAUUAGGUGUGAUGCUCUUGGCGAUGGCCAAGAUAAUACUAUGGGACUUGAAAACCGUGCUAAGCUUGAAGCGAGGUUGAGAAAUCUUGAAGGAAAGGAUUUAGGUCGUCUGUCUGGUUCAGCUAAAGGAAAGCCUAAGGUUGAAGUCUAUGACAAGGAUAAAAAGAAGGGAUCUGGUGGUCUCAUUACUCCCGCUAAGACUUACAACUCUGCUGCAGAUUCUCUUCUUGGUCAAACGCCGGCCGAGGAGUCAUCGAAGAAGAAAGAUAAGAAGAAGAAGAAGGUGGUGGAAGCAGAGGAGCCUGAAAAGGAGGAACCAUCAAAGAAGAAGAAGAAGAAGAAAGCGGAAGCAGAAACAGAAACAGAAGCCGUAGAGGUUGUCAAGGAAGAGAAGAAGAAUAAGAAGAAGAGAAAGCAUGAGGAAGCAGAAGCAACUGAAACGCCAGCUAAGAAGAAAGAUAAGAAAGAGAAGAAAAAGAAAAUUAAGGCCUGA